CUUUGCAAUGAAACUGAAUACAAAUAAUAGUCAGUGAAAAUUUGCGAAAGAGUGGCAGGGAGGGAGGGAGGGAGUGAGUUGAGGUUGAAGUUCCGAGUUCGUGUGGUUGAAGAAGAAGAGUUCUGGCCUUCUGCGUUUUGCAGCUUUUGCCAUCAUCAAAAGCCAAAUUUUUAGAGGAAAAAAAAAAUGACAAACGUCGCCUGAGAGAUUCGAACUCUCGCGGGGAAACCCCAUGUACUUAGCAGGCACACGCCUUAACCACUCGGCCAAAGCGACACUCUGUGUUGUGACGCCAAUCAUGCCAUUAUACUAUGACAAAGAAGAUGCUAAAUAUGCUUUUGAAAUGUAUUUUGAAAAUUGCAAAUUCGAUUGGAGUUGGCCACGUUACGGUAUUUCACCAUGUAAACAUUUUUCAGUUUCUUCCUUGAUGCAAGCUUGAUCUGUAGAACAAGCUGAAACAGUAGGAAAGCUGUAGAGCAAGGUCGGUGUGUUACUACUUCGUUAUUUGCAGGUUUCAAAUGAUCAGGCAUUUGCAAUUAUGAUUCUCAUUUGGAUCUGUUUACGACUUUUAUCACCGCACCUCUUGUCAUUUUACACAAGGCAAGAAAACGAAAACUGGAAUUACCUAGGUUGGAAUGGUUGUGGAAUCCAAUUUUACCCCCUGUUUUCUUGUCCUACUAGGAUUUUUACUAUUCAAGGCACGCACUCCCUAUUUCCAUGUCAUACUAGGAUUUGUACUAUUCAUAGUACCUGAAACUUACAGUAUUUUUCAAUUCACUCCCAGUUCACUCACUAUCUCCUUUUCCAAUUAGGACUCAUCUUAAACUGAAGUACCUAAAUUUAGUCACUGAUUCAAAAGCAAUAGUUACGAACUCCCAUUUUGCAUCUGUCUCCUUUUCCGACGAGGACUAUAACUUACCAUGAACUUCGACCAUGGAUUAAGGCCUAUAUAAGGGACCUCUUGCUUUUCUCAUUUCGUAUUCACAAAACCAAAGCCAAAGUUAGAGAAAAGAAAAUGGAUAUUGAGAGCGUGAAGCAGUCAUCAAGACCGGAAAGUAAGAUGAAGAUGAUACUAGUGGCGUCCAUCGCUGCCGGAGUGCAAUUCGGGUGGGCGUUGCAGUUGUCUUUGCUUACACCCUACGUACAGCAACUGGGGGUCCCACACAAAUGGGCCUCCAUCGUCUGGUUGUGCGGGCCGAUUUCCGGUUUACUAGUGCAACCCAUCGUCGGUUACUAUAGCGACCGUUGCAAAUCUCGUUUUGGUCGCCGCCAACCAUUCAUAGCCGCGGGUGUUGCGCUUGUUGCCAUUGCCGUCUUCCUCAUCGGAUACGCCGCCGAUAUAGGCGUCAGUUGCGGUGAUUCCUUGUUCGAACAUACUAAGCCACGAGCCGUCGUUGUGUUUGUGAUCGGGUUCUGGAUGUUGGACGUGGCCAACAACAUGUUACAGGGUCCCUGUCGAGCUCUUUUAGCCGACAUCUCCGGUUCUGACCCGAAGAAGAUGAGCACAGCCAAUGCCUGGUACUCAUUUUUCAUGGCUGUCGGAAACGUGCUUGGCUACGCCGCUGGAUCGUUGAGAAGUCUCCACAAGAUGUUCCCUUUCACCGUCACCAAAGCCUGUGAUAUUUACUGUGCAAAUCUUAAAAGCUGUUUCUUCAUAGCCAUUGCUUUGCUUGGACUACUAACUACGUUGGCUAUGGUGUACGUACGCGAGGACACAAAUGAUGAUCAAUGUACUGAAGAGAAAGGAGAGGGAGGAGUCUUGUUCUUGAAAGAAAUUACGGGUGCUUGUAAACAGUUGAAAAAGCCGAUGUGGAUCUUGCUUUUGGUCACUUGCUUGAAUUGGAUUGCGUGGUUCGGCUUCUUACUAUUUGACACAGAUUGGAUGGGAAAAGAGGUGUACGGAGGUGAAGUCGGGAAAGGGCAUUUGUAUGGCAUGGGAGUUAGGGCCGGUUCACUUGGUCUCAUGCUCAACUCUGUCGUGUUGGGAGUCAUGUCUCUUGGGAUUGUCUACUUGGUUAGCAGGGAAGGGGCUAAAAAACUUUGGGGAGUGGUAAACUUUCUGCAAGCAAUUUGUCUACUCAUGACCGUACUGGUCACUAAGUUGGCCAAGACACAUCGACAUGCAUCUGUUAAUAAGCUGCUGCCACCCCCCGCUGGUAUCAAGGCCGGUGCAUUGAUUAUAUUUGCUGUGUUGGGGAUACCUCAAGCGGUGACCUACAGCGUUCCUUUUACCAUGGCCUCCAUUUUUUGCAGCAAUUCUGGCGGAGGACAAGGGCUUUCAUUGGGAGUCUUGAAUAUUGCAAUUGCUGUACCACAAAUGUUUGUAUCUCUACUAAGCGGACCUUUGGAUGCUGCUUUCGGAGGUGGUAACUUACCGGCAUUUGCUUUGGGAGCUAUUGCUGCUGUUGUAAGUGGAAUAUUGGCCUUGACUCUUUUACCGUCUCCUGAACCUGAUGAUAGUUCAACUGAAACCGUUUUAGCUAUAGUGUGACGGCCUAGUUCGU